AGUAAUGCAGUGUGACUGCUGAGGAAAAACGCGUUGCGCUCCACUUUGGAGCCUCGCGGGCAUCCGUAGCGUCAUUUCCGGAAGACGGCAGGAAAGAUGGCGGCCGAGUCAAACGAGUCCGAAACGGCAUUGAAUAUGAGUCCUACAUCCAGAGAUGAGCCUCCCAGCCCAGGAGAAACGGAGCAGCGUGAGAGAAAGGCCAGCACAAGUUCAUCUGAGGAUGGAGACAGUGAUGGUGAUAACCGCAGGAGGGUUGUUGAUGGCCAGCGUAACCCUGAAGCAGGUAGACCCGAGGGUUCAGCUCAACCUGAGGAUGCUGGCUCCAGAGAUGGGAGUCCACGAGUGGGCAGCCCUGUGGCAAGAGCAUCAUCCAGGGCCCGGCACAAUCAAGGGUCCAGCGGCUCAGACAGUGACAGCAGUGAAGACGACAGUGAUGACGGUGUUAUGCACAGGAUAAAGAGCAGUGUCACACACAUCAAGCGCGCCUCUGACGACGAGAGCAAAAACAGACAAAGAAGCUCCUCACCUGACAGGGACGAAAAGAAGUCACAGUCAAGAUCCCACUCCAGAUCCCGCUCUAGAUCUCGUUCUCCUCAAGAACGUUACGGAAAGGGUCGUAGGUCCAGGGAGCGGGAGCGUGAGCGAGAUCGAGACCGCUAUGAUGACCGGGAUCGUUAUGAGCGGCGCUUCAGCAGAGAGAGGGAUUGGGAACACAGAAGGAGGGGAAGGUCAGCCUCCCCAGCCAAAAAUGAUAAACCUCCCACUGAGGAGCCUCCAGUGAAGAAGAGGAAGGAAGCGCUGGACCCCAUCCUAACCCGCACCGGUGGCGCCUACAUCCCACCGGCCAAACUGCGAAUGAUGCAGGCUCAGAUCACUGACAAGAGCAGUUUGGAGUAUCAGAGGAUGAGCUGGGAAGCCCUGAAGAAGUCCAUCAAUGGUCUGAUCAACAAAGUAAACGUUUCCAACAUCGCCAACAUUAUUCAAGAGCUGCUGCAGGAGAAUAUUGUGAGGGGCAGGGGUCUUCUGGCAAGGUCUACACUUCAGGCCCAGGCUGCCUCUCCCAUCUUCACCCAUGUGUACGCUGCUGUGCUGGCCAUCAUCAACUCCAAGUUUCCUCAGAUCGGAGAACUUAUACUCAAGAGACUUAUCCUCAAUUUCCGGAAAGGUUACAGGAGGAACGAUAAACAACAAUGUCUCACAGCAUCCAAGUUUGUGGCUCAUCUCAUCAACCAGAAUGUGGCUCAUGAAGUCCUGUGUCUGGAGAUGUUAACCCUGCUGUUAGAAAGACCCACUGAUGACAGUGUGGAAGUGGCCAUCAGCUUUCUAAAAGAGUGUGGUCUCAAACUGACAGAGGUCUCACCCCGAGGCAUCAAUGCUAUCUUUGAACGUCUGAGGAACAUCUUGCAUGAAUCAGAGAUAGAUAAGCGUGUACAGUACAUGAUUGAGGUGAUGUUUGCCAUCAGGAAGGAUGGGUUUAAGGACCACCCUAUUAUCCCAGAUGGGCUUGACCUAGUGGAGGAAGAGGACCAGUUCACACACAUGCUUCCUCUGGAGGACGAUUACAACACAGAGGACAUCUUAAAUGUCUUCAAGUUGGAUCCCAACUUCCUGGAGAACGAGGAGAAGUACAAAGCAAUUAAACGGGAAAUUCUUGACGAAGGAAGCAGUGAUUCUGGUGAUGACGCUGGUGGCAGUGGAGAUGAUGAAGGUGAUGAUGAUGAUGAAGAUGAAGACGAGGCAGCUGGAGAAGAACAAGAGAAAGUCACUAUAAUCGACCAGACAGAGGUGAACUUGGUUGCGUUCCGUCGAACGAUUUACCUCGCCAUCCAGUCAAGUUUGGACUUCGAAGAAUGCGCCCACAAGUUGAUAAAAAUGGAUUUCCCCGAGAGCCAGACGAAAGAGCUGUGCAACAUGAUCCUGGACUGUUGUGCCCAGCAAAGAACAUAUGAGAAGUUCUUUGGUCUCCUAGCUGGGAGGUUUUGCCUGCUGAAGAAAGAAUAUAUGGAGAGUUUUGAAGCCAUCUUCCAGGAACAGUAUGAAACCAUCCACCGGCUUGAAACCAACAAAUUGCGUAACGUUGCUCGAAUGUUCGCUCAUCUCCUCUACACAGACUCCGUUCCAUGGAGUGUCCUUGAAUGCGUUAAAAUGAGUGAAGACACAACGACGUCCUCCAGUCGAAUCUUUGUGAAGAUUUUGUUCCAGGAACUUUGUGCUUAUAUGGGUUUGCCAAAACUGAAUGAGAGACUGAAGGACAUGACUCUUCAGUCUUUCUUCGAGGGUCUUUUCCCACGUGACAACCCGAGGAACACGAGAUUUGCCAUUAAUUUCUUCACAUCAAUUGGCCUUGGAGGACUUACGGAUGAGUUGAGAGAACAUCUGAAGAACGCUCCUAAGAUGAUCAUGACCCAGAAUCAGGACGUGGAGUCAUCUGAUUCUUCCUCCUCUUCCUCUUCUUCUUCAGACUCCUCCUCAUCUUCAGAUUCCUCAUCUGACAGCGGCAGCAGCGACAGUGACUCGGAUUCGUCCAGCAACUCAGACUCCUCCUCCAGCAGUGACAGCUCCUCAGGCUCUGACUCAAGGCGUAAGAAGGCCUCAAGCAAAAAAAAGGACAAGAACAAGGAAAAGAAGAGGUCCAGUAAGGCAGCAAUCCAGCGGUCUCCUCUGGAGGAGCGGCCCAGCAAAAAACACGAGAACCGGCGGCAAGAUGGCAGCAAUGAGGACCGCCGCGGAACUGACAAGCACCAGAGAGAUUCUCGCCGCCGGGGACACGAGGACGAGUUGCCCCCCGCUCGACAGCGAGGAGAACCUGAACGCGGGAGAGGACAUAAAGAGCAGCAGCACCACAGGCACGCUCCAGACCAUGAGGACAGACAGCUGGAUUCACGCAGGCACAAGGACGACGGCAAAAACUCCCGAGCGGACAAGGACAAAGAUAGACGCAGAAGCAGAGAGAAGGAGCCUCUGCGGCGGAGCCGGGACAGGUCAAAGUCACGAGAGAGGAGCCACAAAGAGAUCGACUCCAGGGAGUCGUACAAGAACGGCUUGGAGAGGGCGGACAAAGAGAACAGGCAUUCUGACAGAUACAAAGAGUCCAGGAGGAAAGACGAGAGGAGCAGGGAUAGCUCACCGAGGAGACACAGAUAGCCACCUGAAGGAAGACGGAAUAAGAUCAUGAUAUCGUACCAGUUUUGAGCCGUUUCUCGUUCACUGUGGCUUUCACCCUUGUGCUUUUGCUUAGCCUCUGUGUUGUUAUACAGUAAAACAUAAUGAUUUUUUUGAGCAGUCGUUGAAAGGACUCUUGUGGAAAUGUACCGUACAUGCACAGAUGCUGUGUAAGCUGUUCCUGAACAAUUUUAGCGGUUAAACAAGGCUGUGUUCAUAUUGUCGGGGGCAUUUUGUAUUUUAUGUAUCCUUGCCCAAUAGUAUUUUUGCUGUUGUUUUGGAAGUAAUUGGGAAAAGCAAGAUUAAAGAUGACAUUUGCUAUAAAUUUAAAAGGUUCACUGUG